AUGCCAUUGCAGCUCAGCAAACACUCACGCACACGCCAGCGACCAAAUCCGGCUCUCGAUCCACCAUCCUUCUUUUCCGACAUUCACCAUCACUGGUCUCGUUCCGCAUCGACUGCCGCUCGUAACAUCAAAAUGGCGGUCGCAGGUACACUUGCGUGGCUGCAGCCGUACGCUGACGAGUACGGUGUGCACCACCUGCCCGCGCACGUCCCAACGAUCGUUCGAUCCGCGCUGCUUUGGUUCGCCAUCCAGACUCUCUCCUCGCAAGUGUCGCCGCGAUUUUUCCCCAAGACGUUCUCCAAGUUCAACCGCAAGACGCGAAUCAGCUGGGACAUCCACGUGGUCUCGUUUGUCCAUGCAGCGCUCAUCACACCGCUCGCAGCUCGCAUCUGGUGGAAAGCACGUCAGACAAACGCCCUCGGCUUCCAAACCCACUCACUCGCCGUCGACCGUUUGUACGGAUACGAUCACGAAGCCGCUUCCGUCUACGCCAUCGCCCUCGGCUACUUCGUUUGGGAUUCUGUCAUCUCGAUCCUACACGAAGGGCCUGGAUUCAUCGCACACGGUCUCGUCGCCCUGAUCGCUUUCACCCUCGUCUACCACCCGGUCUUCAUGUACGACGGCUUGGGAUUCUUGCUGUGGGAGCUCUCCACGCCCUUCCUCAAUAUUCACUGGUUCCUCGACAAGCUCGGUAAGACGGGCUCCAAAUGGCAGCUCAUCAACGCGGUCUUCCUGCUCUCGGCGUACGUGGGAGCCAGGCUGACGUUUGGCGUGUACAACAGCUUCAGCUUCUUCAAGUUCGUCGUCGCCCCACCCAAGCCUCACCACCCAACAAUUCCAGGGCACAUCAAGGCGUUCUACAUGGUGGGCAAUGUGAUUCUCAACAGUCUGAACUUCUUCUGGUUCAGGGCGAUGAUCCGGGCGAUUCAGAAGAGGUUCUCGGUGAAACCGGAGGAUGCCAAGGUGAGCAAGGUGAUCAGGGGCGAGCAGAAGGUGGAGGUGGGAGUCAAGGGAAAGGAUGACGAGGAGUUUUGGAGGGAGGCGGGUGCUAAGAAGGGUGGUAAGGCUCAGUAG